GAUAAGUCGAUAAGCGACAACCUGGAGAUUGCAACCUAAGAGCUGGCUUGUAGCCUCAUGCACACAAACCACAAAAGCUAAGUGCCACUUUAACGACGUCGUUACCCACUUCCCAAAGGUGUUUUUGUUUUCAUCUCAUAACUCAGUACCCAAUACCUAUCUAGAGCGUGAAAUCCACGCAUUACUGGCAUAUCGCCAAAUAUACAAAACCAUUUCAUAAUUGGAUUAUAUCCUCCACUCUCUUUUAGUCUCUUUUUCAAGCAAGAAAUGGAGUUAUCUUUAAUAGGCCUUCAGAAUGCUGGAAAAACUUCCCUAGUUAAUGUCAUUGCAACCGGUGGAUAUAGUGAAGAUAUGAUACCAACAGUAGGAUUUAACAUGAGGAAGGUAACUAAAGGAAAUGUCACAAUAAAGUUGUGGGAUCUUGGGGGUCAACCAAGGUUUCGAAGUAUGUGGGAGAGAUAUUGCCGUGCUGUUUCAGCUAUCGUUUAUGUUGUGGAUGCUGCCGAUUAUGAUAACUUGUCUGUCUCGAGAAGGGAACUCCAUGACCUGUUAAGUAAAUCCUCACUCAAUGGUAUUCCCCUACUGGUACUUGGAAACAAGAUUGACAAGCCAGAGGCCUUAUCUAAGGAGGAUUUGACAGAGCAAAUGGGGCUCAAAUCUAUUACAGAUAGAGAAGUUUGUUGCUUUAUGAUUUCAUGCAAGAACUCUACCAACAUUGAUACGGUGAUUGAUUGGCUUGUGAAGCAUUCAAAAUCAAAGAAUUGAAGUCUCGGAGUUCCAGGAACUUUUUCAGCUUGUGAUUAUAAUCAGUUAUAAUUGCUCCUUCCUCCAGGGUGGUCCAACUCCAAUAUGACUUUGCUCUCUGUCUGUCAGUCAGUCUUUCUAACAGGGUUUGUGAAUGUCUGACACCAUUGUCUUAAUUUUCCAGCUUGGCUUGAAUCAUAAGUAUCAUUUAGUAUAUUUGUUUGGUGGGUGAGUCGGGCAUAAAUUUGUUUGAUCCUUUUAUGUACAAUAUAUUGCGUGGUAAAUGUUUUGUGGUUUUGAAUCAAAUAAAUGGUUUCGAAUUCCAUGAAUUUUGUAAACAAAAAGGAAAAGUAUAAUAUAUUUUAGGAAGCUAUAAUCCAAGAACCGUGUUCUAAGAA